AUGAGAUACGCUGCUACUUUGGCGAAACCAUUGCUCUCUACUUCGGCUUCUUGGAGUACUUCACAUUUGCUUUGAUUCCAAUGGCUGUCAUUGGCAUUCCUUAUUACAUGUUUGCAUGGGAAGACUAUGACAAAUACGUGAUGUUUGCCACUUUCAAUCUGCUCUGGUCCACUGUGAUACUGGAAGUUUGGAAGCGGAUUUGUGCCAUCAUGACAUACCGCUGGGGGACACUGUUGAUGAAACGACAGUUUGAAGAACCAAGACCAGGCUUCCAUGGUGUCCUGGGUAUCAAUCCCGUCACUGGGAGGGAGGAACCAGUGUACUCUAGUGUUAAGAGACAGAUACGGAUUUAUCUGGUGUCCUUACCAUUUGUGUGCCUUUGCCUCUACUUCUCACUGUAUGUGAUGAUGAUUUACUUUGACUUGGAACAGUGGGCUCUGGAUUAUCAUGAAGAGAAUGAGUCUAACUUCAGCAGCUUGAUGCUGUUUGUGCCCAGUAUUAUAUAUGCUGUUGUGAUUGAAAUCAUGAACCGUGUCUAUCGGUAUGCUGCUGAAUUCUUAACAUCAUGGGAAAAUCACAGGCUGGAAUCUUCGUAUCAGAACCAUUUAAUUCUGAAGGUUUUAGUGUUCAACUUCUUAAAUUGUUUUGCAUCUCUCUUCUACAUUGCCUUUGUGCUGUUUGAUAUGAAGCUUUUGAGGCAGAGCUUGGCCACCUUGCUGAUAACUUCACAGAUCCUUAAUCAGUUUGCAGAAUCCUUACUUCCUUACUGGCUCCAAAGGAGACAUAAGAAGAGGAUGAAGAAACACAUGUGUUCUCUGAAAACGGAUAUGGACCUGUCAUUAGUCGAACAAGUCAACUUGGAGAAAGAAAUGGGCACCUAUUUUGGUACUUUUGAUGAUUACCUGGAGUUAUUCUUACAGUUUGGCUAUGUGAGUCUUUUCUCGUGUGUUUAUCCACUGGCAGCUGUCUUUGCAGUGUUAAACAACAUCACAGAGAUAUAUUCUGAUGCCUUAAAGAUGUGUAGAGUUUACAAGCGUCCAUUUGCAGAACCCACAGCAAAUAUUGGUGUUUGGCAGUUGGCUUUUGAAACCAUGAGUGUAAUAUCAGUUGUUACUAAUUGCAUACUGAUUGGAAUGUCUCCACAAGUGGAUGCCCUUUUCCCAGACUCAAAAAUGGAUCUUAUUCUGACUGUGGCAUUGGCAGAGCACUUGCUACUAGCAAUAAAGUUUAUCAUGGCAUUUGUAAUUCCGGAUAAACCAAGAGAUAUCCAGAUAAAACUAGCCAAAUUGGAAUUUGAAUCUCUAGAGGCUCUCAAACAACAG